AUGACCCUCUCAUCCCUUCUCCGCAUUACCCCCCGCUUAACCCCGACCGCGGCCCGCAGAACAUCGCGAGCUAUAUCAUCGGCCGCUAACACAUCAAAUACAACCAAAUCGCUGGACUCAAUUCUUAUCGCCAAUCGAGGAGAAAUUGCUUUACGAGUUGGACGCACUGCCGCGGAGCGUGGUAUCCGCGUAACAACACUCUACACCGAUCCGGAUAGCCGAGCUCAACAUGCCUUGAGCUCCCCCUUCGCUUUUAAUUUGGGGUCGGUGUCGGCGUACCUCGACGGUGAUAGGAUUAUUGAGAUUGCAAAGAAAGAAGGGUGUCAGGCAAUACACCCUGGCUAUGGCUUUUUGAGUGAGAACUCUGCAUUUGCGCGAAAAUGUACGGAGGCAGGACUGGUCUUCAUUGGCCCGCCGUAUAAGGCCAUUGAGGAUAUGGGCGAUAAGAGUCGUUCCAAGGAGAUCAUGACAGCUGCCGGUGUACCAUGCGUCCCAGGCUACCACGGACACAAUCAAGACCCUGCCUUCCUCGAGGAGCAGGCGGACCAGAUCACAUACCCAGUGCUUAUUAAAGCCGUCAAAGGAGGUGGUGGAAAGGGAAUGCGUAUCGCCAGUUCCAAAGCGGUGUUUCAAGCUCAGCUUGAAUCGGCCAAGUCAGAGGCCAUGAGCUCAUUUGGAGAUGACAAUGUGCUGGUGGAGAAGUAUAUCACCACGCCGCGGCACAUUGAAGUCCAAGUAUUUGCAGACAAGCAUGGCAACUCCGUCGCACUAGGAGAGCGAGACUGCAGUAUUCAACGGCGACACCAGAAGGUUCUAGAGGAAUCCCCGGCGCCUCAUCUCCCUGAUGCAACUAGAAAGGACCUCUGGGCAAAGGCACGAUCCGCUGCCGAGGCCGUCGGCUAUGAAGGUGCUGGUACAGUGGAGUUCAUUUUUGACAAUGACUCUGGAGAUUUCUACUUUAUGGAAAUGAACACCCGUCUCCAGGUCGAGCAUCCCGUGACUGAAAUGGUCACAGGACAGGACCUUGUCCACUGGCAAAUUCUGGUGGCCGAAGGAGCCAAGCUGCCCCUUACGCAAGAAGAAGUGGAAGAGCGUAUCGCUCAGAGUGGUCAUGGUAUCGAGGCCCGAAUCUACGCCGAAAACCCAGCGCAGGGAUUCAUCCCUGACUCAGGACGUCUACUCCAUGUGCGAACGCCCACUACUUCAGAUGAUAUCCGCAUUGACGCUGGCUUUGUGCAAGGAGAUGAUGUCUCAGCCCACUAUGAUCCCAUGAUCGCGAAGCUUAUCGUACGCGGUGUAGAUCGUGAGGAGGCUCUCCGCAAGCUAGCUGCUGCUCUGGAGGAGUAUGAAGUCGCAGGACCCGUGACCAACAUAGAAUUCCUAAAGGCCAUCUGCAAGAGCCCGGAUUUUAUCGCUGGUGAGGUUGAAACUGGCUACAUUGAGAAGCACCGUGAAGAGCUCUUCCCCCGAAGACCAUUGAAGAGGAGGUGCUGGCGCAGGUCGCAUUGGCCUGUCUUCAUCGCGACGCCGUCUCAGGGGCGCGAUCCUCAGUCGGAGUUGCAGGAUCAACGUGGCCCAGGGUCUACUGACGGCCCCACGUUCAAUGUGCGGGUGCAGCAGACAGCAGAUGACACAUUCAAUGUGGAAAUCGGCGGACGAGUCUUUGAGCAGGUGGUGAGCCGCCUAGAUCCAGCGUCACACAUUGUCACAUCGUUCUUCCCGCACACCCGAUUGGAUACAACAGUGGUUCGAGACGAGGACACUAUUAUCGCAUUCCAGCGUGGGACCCAGUACCGGCUCACAGUGCCCCGGGCUAAGUGGAUGGAGAAGGCAUUGGGAUUGAAGGAUGUGACAAACAGCGUCCUAGCCCCGAUGCCAUGCAAGGUGCUCCGGGUAGAGGUACAGGCGGGAGAUGUGGUGGAGAAAGACCAGCCCUUGGUUGUUAUUGAGAGCAUGAAGAUGGAGACGGUGAUUCGCAGCCCACAACAGGGUACCAUUGCGCGGAUCGUGCAUAAACAAGGAGAUCAAUGUAAAAGUGGAACACCGCUGGUGGAAUUCACCGAGUCCGAAUAG